AUGGACACGCCUUCAUCAAAUUCACUGUCAAGGCCUCGUCUAAGGCUUAAUCGCCAUACACCAAUUUCCCGUGUUCAGGAUAGUAGUGAUAUGGACUUUACCCCAGUCGCAGUUCCUUCCUCCGCGCGAUCGCAGCUCAAUGUUGUCGAUGAUGAAGACGACAAUCAGCCUACCCCUCGUAUGCCACUCAGGCAUAUUUCUUCUUUUUCAAACAACUAUGGUCCAAAUUCAGAAUUUGGGCCAUCUACUUCUUCUGUGGCACCCUCCGAGACUCCUGCAGCACGCCUCCGCGCCUUGCUAGCACGUUCAUUGGAUUCGCCCAACGGAAAAUCGCCUCCUACAAGACCCUCCGCGCAACUGUCAGACUCGGAAGAUGGCGCUGGCUCUGUGUUAUCUCGUUUUACACCUGCCACUCCAAGCGUUACUCGGGACAGCCUGAAGGAUUUGUUCUCUCGAGCCAGACGUGAGCCUGGGGACACACCACAGAAAUCGAGACCGCGUAGAAACAGUUUCGACACCAGUGAGAUGGACAUUACCCCUGUUGUCGACCGUGAAAGGGAACAGCAUAAGGGUAAAAGAAAAAGUCUCAGUGAUGAUGAGGUUGAUAAACCAAGAUCCGAAUCGUCAUUUCGGUCUUCUCAUGCAGCAACGUUUGAUACCCUUCGUGCACGUCUAAUUGUAUCAGUUACUUCUCAACCCUCCGAAACAGGUUCAUUACUUGCAGAUGAGCCUCGUUUGGAAGGACAUGCUAAUGUUAAUUCGACGACGACUUUGUUACCACCGCUUGAUUCCACUUGGUCAUCACCUCCAAGAAGCGCAAGUUCACAUCAAAGGACCUUCCAAUUGCCUUCCCAGCUAGCGUCUCACUCUAGUAAGGUCAUACAUCUGCAAUGUUUGCACACCCCUGACCAUUCAAUCAGAUCUGCUGGAUCAAGAUUCGGAUAUGCAGCAUGCUAUGGGAGAUCUCGAUACAUCUGA